AUGAAUAACGUCAUCACAGAAACGCCGAACUCGGUGCCGGAGGUCGAGGCGCAGUCCUCCUCCAAGGGCGGGCCUGUCUACAAUGUCGGCGAGAAGGUCACCUAUGACAGAACCGGCGCCAUCGAUGCCGAGAAGAUCGAACAUGACAUGACUGUGCUCCAGGCUGUCAAGGCCUAUCCCGCUGCCAGUUGGUGGGCAUUCGUCAUGUCGUGCACCAUUAUCAUGGAGUCAUACUGUGUUUUCUUGAUGGGACAGUUCAUAGCCACAAAACGAUUCGCCGACGAUUUUGGUGUAUACAGCGACAAGGAGGGAGGCUUCAUUAUCGAAGCUUCAUGGCAGUCGGCAUUCCAGUGUAGCGGACCAGUCGGUGCCUUCAUCGGUGUCUUCAUGGCAGGUCCCAUUACCAGUUGGAUUGGGUAUCGAUGGGCAACCAUUGGCGGUCUCAUGUUCUUGAACGCCUUCAUCUUCAUCUUCUAUUUCGGCAACAGCCAGGGGAUGUUUCUAGCGGCCCAGAUCCUGGAAGGCAUCCCGUGGGGCAUUUUUAUCGCCAAUGCACCCGCCUAUUGUGCCGAAAUUGUGCCGCUGAGACUGAGAGCUCCGGCGACGCAGAUGUUGCAGAUGUUCUGGGCUAUAGGGUCGAUUAUUGUCGGCGGUAUCACGUACCACUACCAGUCUAGGGAUGACCCUUCAGCAUAUAGGGUUCCCAUUGCACUCCAGUGGAUGUUUCCUACUCCUCUCGCCAUCCUACUCUUCAUUGCGCCUGAAUCACCCUGGUGGCUCGUACGAAAGGGUCAUCUGGCUGCGGCAGAGAAGGCGGUUAGACGCCUUGGACGCUCGAGUGCAAAUGAUAAUCCCGCCGACGCAGUUGCAAUGAUGCGUCGCACGAUCGAGCUUGAGAAGACCGAGAAGAAGCCUAGUCUUGUUGAACUGUGGAAAGGCACCGAUCUUUACCGUACAUUGAUUGUGUGCGGUGUGUACGCCUCUCAAAAUCUGACGGGCAAUCUGAUCGCCAAUCAAGCGGUUUUUUUCUUCAAACAGGCCGGCAUGGCAGACAACACCGCAUUUGCACUUGGUCUCAUUACUUCUGCGCUCCAGUGGAUAAUGGUCAUGCUGUCUUGGAUCCUCACCACAUACCUCGGCCGACGCACAAUUUAUGUCUAUGGUCAAUUUAUCAACUGUGGAUUCUUAAUCGUGCUCGGUAUUGCGGCUUCAGUUGGCGCCAGUAAGGCGGCUAGUAAUGCGCAAGCAUCACUCGGUUUGAUUGUCUCCGUCCUAUUCUGCUUGGGACCCGCCCCUGCCUCAUGGGUCAUCAUUGGCGAAACAUCUUCCGUUCGUCUCAGGCCACUGACAACCGGUGUCGGACGUGGUGCCUACUACCUGGUCAAUAUUCCUUGUAUCUUCCUUUCCAGCUACAUGCUCAAUACUGAUAAGUGGGACCUGGGCGGCAAGAGCGGUUACGUUUGGGCUGGCACUGCCUUCAUCUGCACCGCCAUGGCUUGGAUCUGGAUUCCAGAGAUGAAGCACCGGUCCUUCCGUGAGAUCGACAUUUUGUUCCAGCGUCAUGUCCCAGCUCGCAAGUGGAAGCAGACGGUCGUCGAUAUCAACGACGAUGAGUAG